GCGCCGACACCCCACCGCUCGAUCUCUCGCCGCCCUCCACACCCCACGGCGCUCCAGGAUAAUUGGCAAGCCCAUUGAUCCGCAAUUAUCUUGGAGUCGCUAGCUCACGACGCGUUUGACUGCCCACGACUGCUGCAAUGUCCAGCGCUGCCGAGCCUGCGCAGAGGCAGCAGGCGCGCCGCCCGAUUGCGCGCAUCGUGCCUGCCAUUCCUCACCGUCUGUCGCGCCGCGUGCCUGCCGCAAAGCCCGUCUCCCCCGCACAGCCGCUCAAGGACCCUGUGACGCAACCGGAGCCGCAGCCGGAGCCGCAGACCCAGCCCGCGGAGGAGAAGGCGGAGGAGCAGCCCGCGCCGCCUGUCGAGGCCCCCGUGCCCACGCCCGAGCAGGUCACGCCUGAGGCGGAGGCUGGCGCUGCAGCGUCGCCAGCGCCGUCGCAGGAUGGGGAGGUGCAGCCAACAGCCGAAGCGCCAGCUUCCACUGCGAACGACGGACCGAACGACGCCCCGAACGACGACCCGAAGCAUGUCCAUGAAGCCCUUGCGGCUGAGGUCGAGGCCAAGCCGCUCACGAACGGCGUGCACCGCAAGGAGCUGCCGCCGCCCUUCUACCCGUCGAGCAUGAGCGGCAUGAACACGCCGGUCGCGGAGAGCCACGGCCACGUCUUCCACCCGGCCCGGCCAAGCGUGGACGGCGCAGUGGGUGGUCUGGUGCAGGACUCGCCGGUUCACCCUGCGACGCCUCAGGCCUUUGAGGCAGGAGACGCGCUUCGACAGGCUGUGCCGCGCAUUCCACCCGGCUUUGCGCCGCCCGACUUCACGCCUUCGUUCUUCCCCGGACACUCGCACCAUCCCUCGGACGCCGGCGCCCCGUGGCUCUACCCGCCGUACUCGAUGCCUCCCCCUCCGGAGCCCAUGUACGGCAACGGCAGUGAUUUCCAGUCGCCGCAGUUCACCGCCGGCCCGGCCGCAUACCCGGAGCCGUACCCAGCGCACUUCUCCCCCGAGGACCCGCGCUUUGCUGCCAACGGCAUCGCGACCUCGCAGUCACAGUCGCCCAGCAAGUCGCAGUUUGGUGAGCCUCUCACGGAUCGCCUGGACGUCCAGCACGCGCAGCCCCAGCAGAACGGCGGCCCUCGGUCUGAGGAGAUGAGCGAGUCGCCCUUCGAGCUUGCCUCCUACCUGUCUACGCAGUUUGGCAACCCCGAGUUUGCAGACUUCCUUCUGCAGGUCCGGUCGCCCGAGUACCAGUACAUGUCCAUUCCCGUACAUGCCAUCGUCGUAGUCCGCAGCCCGGUCGUGGCCAAUGCCCUCCGCCGCAGCAUUCCCUCCGCUCAUCGAUCCCGGGACUCGCGCCGUCUUGCAGACGUUCUUACCACAAACCCAUUCGUUGCGAGCGAGUCAGUCCAGGAGGCCGUCAAGGUGCUUUACGGAGCACCGCUCCUGUCCAUGCAGUCUUUCCUGUACGGCCUCGGUCAUUACUCGCCAGAGGUGCCCCACGCGCACGUCACAAAGGACGCUCGCAGGCGCAUGGAUCAGCUUCUCAGCUACAUUGCAGCCGGCAGCGUUCUGCAGAUUCCCAGCAUGCAAGUACGAGGUGUGGAGAUUGCCAAAGCGCUACUGCGGUGGGAUACCGUCGAGCAGGUCCUGCACUACGGUCUUCAAGCCACAAGAACAACCCUACGAUCGGCCGUCGACGCCGAUGUCCGCGAUCCGUUCGCUACAGAGCUUCUCAACUCAGCCAUCGACUUCAUCGCGUACAACUUCCCUAACGACUUUUCACUACACAAAAUCGCUGCAGAGCUUCGAGACGACCCGCGUCUGCCCAGCCGUGCCGACGCGCGUGCGCAGACACACAACCCGCGGCUGAGCAAGAUCCGUUUCGGCGACGCGCCCGCCGACGACGACACACAAGUCAGCCCCGUGUCGAGGACUCUUUCCACUAUCCUUCUAUCGUUGCCGCCGCAGCUUCUCGGCCGCCUGUUCAACCACCGCGCGACCGCCAACCAGAUUGGAUGGACUGGCGCUGCCAAAGUGCUGCACGACGUCGUGGACGAGCGCGAGAACCGCCGCCAAAAGGCUGCUCAGAGUCAGCUGCAGCUGGACGGCACGGCGCCGAGUGCACUCAUGGAGAACCUGUUCCUCGAAGAGCGCGUCGAGCACGUCGGCACCUCCCAUCUCCAUCCUUCUGGUUACAUGAUCACCGCACACCGUGUCGGUGCUUGAUCUGACCCUUCGAUUUCUGUCAUUAUUUCGUCUCCCAUGCGCUCCGCACGGGGCAUAAUCCAGGAUAUACCGAUGUGCUCUCACCAUCUGGCAACUGUUUCCUACAUUUCCACUUACAUAAAAACCUUGGGU